AUGAAGAUCAUAGUCGUUGUAAGAGACCCGGUCAUGAGAGCGAUUUCGGAUUACACACAAGCAUCUUCGAAGCGUAAGAUGCUCGGGCCGAUGCCCUCAUUCGAAGACAUGGCUGUCGGGGACUGUGCGCCGUGGCUGAAGACAAACUGUUCCUCGAAGGUGGGCGGAGUCAACGUCGGAUGGGGAGCGAUUCGAAUUGGUCUUGUAUCACAAGCACAUGAAGAGAUUCAUAUCGUAGAUGGCGAACGCCUCGUCAAACAACCAGCGCUGGAGGUCAGCCAGACGGAGCGAUUUCUUGGACUAGAGCCAGUAGUGACAGCAGAGCAUUUCGGCGUGGAUCCGGUGAAGAAAUUCCCGUGUGUUCGUCGUCCUGACGGCAGCCUUCACUGUCUCGGCAAGACGAAAGGCCGAAGGCAUCCGCGUGUGCGACGUGAGGUCCUGCAACGACUACGUCGCUUCUAUGAGCCCGAAAAUCGGAAGUUUUUCCUCAUGAUUAAUCGGAACCUCGCAUGGUAG